AGAAUUCAUGUGUAUGCAAAGGUUUUGUUGCAUACAUGUGCCUUUGAUGGCCCCAUUCCCUUAACCUCUAGCAUUUGUUCCCUUUCCCCUCAGCUUUCUGUUUUGAUAUGUGAAAAAACAAGAGAGAGAGAGAGAGAGAGAGAAGCUAAAUCUUGUUUUUCUUUCAUCUUUUUUCCUAAAACCAACUACAGAUUGCUAUUUUUUUGAUGAUAUAGAAUUCUUGCAAUUUAUGGCCCUUUUGGUUUUUAAAUGAGGAGAGGGCAAAAGUUGGCUCUUUCUUCACAACCAAGGUAAAUGUUUGGGCUUUCCCUCAUUCUUGAUCCGCCAGUUGUAAUCCAUUGAGGAUUUAAAAGACAUAUAAAUUUAUUAGAGAAAAAGAAACAAGCCCUUGUUGGUUGCAGGAGAGAUUAUUAUUUUUUUCUUAAUCUCAAGAAUCUUGUGUAUUAUUUGAUUGAGUUUAUCAAAUAAAAGGGAAGAAAUUGAUUCAUGUCGUUGCUAUGAGCAGGGCCUUGGAUUGGAUACAUUGAUAAGAAUGGAGAGUUCUAAGCAUGAAAUUCAAGUCAUAAGCGUCGAUGAAUCCGAACAUGUCCCUCUUGUUAAUUGUUCUUCAAUAAAUAGUGUUCUUGAUUUCUCUGGUCGGCGUAGUUGGGAAUAAAGAUGCGAUUGUUGAUUUGGGUAUUUGAAGGGAGGAAGAAAAGGCAUUCUUGUUUUUGUUGUAGAUUGUUAGCAUAAGGUGUGGGGAGAGACUUCAUUUUCUUUUCAAUAAGAUGGAGGAUGCAGCACCAGCAGGGCAACCGCCCACCGCCGCCCGGAAAAAGAUGACGAAACAGCUGACCGGGAAACGGGAAGAUACGCCGCUGCAUUCUGCUGCUAGAGCUGGGAAUGUCGUUGCGGUGAGGGAUAUCAUCAAUGGUGCUGCUGGAGAGGAAGAAUUGAGGGAGUUAUUGUCUAAGCAAAACUCAGCUGGGGAAACAGCUUUGUAUGUAGCUGCUGAGUAUGGCUACUUCGAGUUGGUAAUGGAGAUGAUCAAGCAUUACGAUUUAGUGGAUGCUGGAAUCAAGGCUAGGAAUGGAUUUGACGCGCUUCAUAUUGCUGCAAAACAAGGGGAUUUGGAAGUGGUGAAGGUGCUAAUGGAGGCCCAUCCGGAGCUGUCUAUGACUGUGGAUACAACAAACGCCACAGCUCUGCAUACGGCUGCCACUCAAGGGCAUAUAGAGAUUGUGAACUUUUUCUUGGAGUCAGAGAGCAGCCUGGCCACCAUAGCAAGAAGUAAUGGGAAAACGGCCCUGCAUUCAUCAGCAAGAAACGGACAUGUACAAGUUGUGAAGGCCCUUGUGGAUAAGGAUCCAGGGAUCACGACACGGACCGAUAAAAAGGGGCAGACUGCUCUUCACAUGGCUGUUAAGGGUCAAAAUCUUGAGGUGGUUGAGGAACUGAUCAGGGCGGAUCCUUCUACCAUUAAUAUGGUCGACACUAGGGGAAACACUGUGUUGCACAUAGCUACCCGGAAAGGCAGGGCUCAGAUUGUUAAGAUGCUGUUGAGUCACAAUGAAACAGACACAAAAGUCGUGAACAGGUCAAACGAAACUGCCUUUGACACAGCAGAGAAAAUGGGACAUUUAGAUAUCACAGCUAUUCUGCAGGAGAAAGGCGUUUUGAGUGCCAGGGUAAUUAAGCCUCAGUCGACAAAUCCAGCAAGGGAGCUAAAACAAACCGUGAGCGACAUAAAGCACGAAGUCCACAAUCAGUUAGAACACACUCGCCAAACAAGAAAACAUGUGCAAGGUAUUGCCAAACGCCUCAACAAAAUGCACACCGAGGGGCUAAACAAUGCCAUCAAUUCCACCACAGUCGUGGCUGUGCUCAUAGCCACCGUUGCAUUUGCAGCCAUUUUUACGGUUCCUGGUGACUACGUAAACCGUAGACAUAUUCCACCCGGGCUUUCCCUGGGGGAGGCAAAUAUAUCUCCGCAACUCCCGUUUCUGAUCUUCUUCGUCUUUGACUCGGUCGCGCUAUUCAUUUCCCUGGCUGUUGUUGUGGUGCAAACCUCGGUCGUCGUUAUAGAAAGCAAGGCAAAGAAGCAGAUGAUGGCGAUAAUAAACAAGCUAAUGUGGCUGGCAUGCGUGCUCGUUUCAGUGGCAUACUUGGCAUUGUCAUUCAUUGUGGUAGGCAAGCACGAACGGUGGCUAGCGAUUGGAGUGACGGUUAUAGGAACUUCCAUACUGGUAACUACACUAGGCACGAUGUGUUAUUGGGUAAUAAUGCAUCGGAUUGAGACCAAGAACAAACGGAGCAUACGCAAGAACUCUCCGGGUAGUAGAUCAAGAUCCUGGUCAGUAUCAGUACUGUCAGAUUCAGAGGUUUUGAAUAAUGACUUCAAGAAAAUGUAUGCCAUUUGAGUUGAGAGCUCGCUCUUCUUUCAUAGGUCACAUUUCGGAGUUUUGUGAUCAGUCCUUUUAGUCACUUGAUAUUAGGAUGAUGUAAGUACUUCAGUACUUGAAUUUCUUCGUCUCCUAAAAGGGAAGAGAUCCGGAAGAAGGACAAAAUGAGAAGUAAAAUUGUAGAAAUCAUGACUAUAACAUUAUAUAUUGUGAACAAAAAUUUUAUCAUCUCU